CUCCGCCCCGUGUCAGCUGGUAGAUUUUGGCGAGCACAGCGAAUGGUGGAUUCAUGGCUCUGAAAAUCUCCGGGGCUUUGCCGGUGCUGACGGUUGUCUGCCUGUUGGGUGCAGUCGAGCAGUGCAGCGCACAGUACAAGCCGACGUGGGAAUCGAUUGACUCCCGACCGCUGCCGGAUUGGUUCGACCAGGCCAAGUUCGGGAUUUUUAUCCAUUGGGGCGUUUUCUCUGUCCCGAGUUUCGGCAGCGAGUGGUUCUGGUGGUACUGGCAGAAAGAGAAAUGGCAAAAAUAUGUUAACUUUAUGAAGGCAAACUAUCCGCCCAACUUCAGAUACGAAGAUUUUGGCCCACAGUUUACCGCGGAGUUCUUUAAUGGAAAACAAUGGGCAGAUGUUCUUUCAGCAUCAGGAGCCAAGUAUGUGGUGCUCACCUCAAAACACCACGAAGGUUUCACACUCUGGGGUUCGAAGUACUCCUGGAACUGGAAUGCGAUGGACGUGGGGCCAAAACGGGACCUGGUGGCUGAGCUCGCCGAUGCUGUAAGGAACAGGACUGACCUGCGCUUUGGCCUCUAUCACUCGCUCUUUGAGUGGUUUAAUCCACUCUACCUGGAAGAUGCGGCCAAUGCCUUCAAGACUCAAAACUUCCCAAUCACAAAGACUUUACCUGAGCUCUAUGAAAUUGUCACCCGCUAUCAGCCAGAUGUCCUGUGGUCCGAUGGGGAUGGGAAUGCACCAGACACCUACUGGAACAGCACAGGAUUUCUUGCUUGGCUCUACAAUGAAAGUCCUGUCCGAGACAGUGUGGUGACAAACGACCGCUGGGGAUAUGGCAGCAUUUGCAAACAUGGCGGCUACUUCACAUGCAGUGAUCGCUACAAUCCUGGCCAUCUGCUCCCACACAAGUGGGAGAACUGCAUGACCAUCGACCAGAAGUCAUGGGGUUAUAGAAGAGAUGCAGUCUUGGCUGACUAUCUUUCCAUCGAAGAGCUAGUGAAGACCCUAGUAGAGACGGUAUCCUGCGGUGGCAAUAUACUGAUGAAUAUCGGUCCAAUGCAUGACGGCCGGAUUGCUCCAAUUUUUGAAGAACGCCUGAGGCAAAUGGGGUCCUGGCUAAAAGUCAAUGGGGAAGCUAUCUACAACACUACUUCAUGGCGGGCACAGAAUGAUACCAUCACUCCUGGAGUCUGGUAUACCACCAAGAAACAUGAAGAUGCCAUUUAUGCAUUGUUCCUGCAGUGGCCCGAUUCUGAGCAGUUGGAACUUGGGAUGCCAGCUGUAACACCCGGAAAAACUGUGAUUACACUGCUCGGCUACCCAUAUGAACUCAAGUGGAUGUCCACCCAGAAGGGAGUCACAGUCACACUGCCUCAUUUUUCCUAUGGACAAAUGCCGUGCCUGUGGGGAUGGACGCUGAAACUGCAGCAUGCAGACUAAACACGGCCACAACGUCGUCUUUUUAAAUGAAGGAAAAUCCAUUUUGAGGUAAUUGGGAUGAUAACUUUGGGCUUGUUCUAUUCAAUGUAAAUAAGUCGAUUUUUGUACCAGAGUUUGCUUUUUUUACAUUUUACUAUUAAAUACUGAAAAUUGGAUGAGCUUUUUAAUGUGCAAAUUGAGAGUUUCAGAACAAUUUGUUAUAAACAAACAAAAAAAAAAUCAAAAUGACUUGAAAUGAUUCUACUGAAUGAUUAUGCCUUUGCUAUUAUU